AUGGCCCGUGCCCGAGUGCAUCGGAACUGGCGCCAGAUCGUGUCCGAUCGACUUGGUCAAAGUGGGCGCAACGAGAUCCAAUCCCAGCAAGAAGUGAUCAGGAGGGUCCAUCCAUUCUACAAUUCAUACACAGUACAUUGA